AUGAACAGCUUGGUGGCUACACCACCUGUGCCUCCACACUUCUACGAGCAUUCUCGUUUUUCUUCCCCGCAUCCAAUGUCGAACCCAAUCCAUACCCCCAGCAGCCGGAAACGGAAGGCCGACGACGAUGGCAAUGAUCAUGAUGGACGGAUGUCAGCAUCUCCUACGAACUCUCCCGCCUUCACUCCUCGGUCUCUGCCGACUCCUCGUUCGUUCAAACGCUCCCGACCAAACGUCUUCGGCAGGCCUCUCUCCCUCCCCCGUUUGCUCGAAACCCUCGAUACCGACGCUCUGAGGGGCAUUCUCCGGUCGAUGUGCGAGCGUCAUCCAGCUCUGGCAGAUGAGGUGAUUCACACGUCUCCCCGUCCCAGUGUGACAUCCGCUCUGCAGGUCUUGCGAAACUAUCAAACCGCUCUACAAAACUCGUUCCCGUUGGGUGGCAACCCUGAAUCCGACUACGCCUAUAACCGUGUUCGGCAACCGCUGGGAAACCUCCUCGACGCCCUCAGCGAUUUCACGCCACAUUUCUUGCCACCAAAUGAAUCCCAAGCAUCUGUGUCUUUGAGUUACCUGGACGGUGCGACCGAGAUCAUUCACGCCUUGCCACGAUGGAACUCACCACAAAACAACAUAGAGCGGGACUCUGCGUAUGAUGAGAUCUGCAAGGCCUGGGUUUUGGUAAUCCGAGAGGCGGCAAAGCGUGGCGGUGGCAUUCAACUACAGUACGGCGGAUGGGAUCAGAAACUCUCGAAGCAUAACCACAACUCGGGCGGUAGACUUCAAGCGGCCGUGAACGAGCUCGGAAACAGCCUAGGAUGGAUGCACGGCCCGGAUUCUCAAGGCUACAGCAGCCCGGCCGCAGGCGACUUGGGAUCGAUUCGGGACCAGCUACUGUCCGGCACCUACGGAUUGGGAACCCCCGUCAAAGUCGGACCUUGGUAG